AUGGUUGACUCAUAUAACAGGCCUCGACUAAUAGUGCUGAUAAGGCACGGUGAGAGCGAGUCCAAUAAGGACAAGAAGAUCAACGAGGUUACACCGAACCAUCUCAUUCCGUUGACCCCCUAUGGUAAGAAGCAGGCGCACAAUGCUGGCUUAAAGUUGUUGAGGCUGUUGAACAUGGCGGAUGCCAGUGUCAUUGAGAAACUAGGGGAGGAGUACGCGCUACCGGCCACCAGCACUAACACGCUGGAGCUGAGAGGAUACAAGCCUAACGGGAAGCACAUGGACGACAACAUUAUAUUCUACACUUCGCCUUACAAGCGUACCCGUGAGACGUUAAAAGGGGUGCUGGAAGUGAUUGAUCGAUACAAUGAGUUGAAGAGUGGGAUCAAUAUGUGUGCCGAGCAGACCUACAACCCCUAUGGUAAGCAGAAGCAUGCUAUAUGGCCACACGACCUGGAGAACAGUGGUAUAUAUGAGAACGAUGAGAGCACACAUUGUGGUCCUGAACGGGAAGGCACGUAUAUCCGGUACCGUAUCAUCGAUGAGCCGAGACUCAGGGAGCAAGAUUUUGGUAAUUACCAAGAGGUGAGUAGCAUGCAAGAUGUGAUGGAGAAGCGUAAGACUUAUGGGCAUUUCUUUUUCAGGUUUCCUGAGGGUGAGAGUGCUGCAGAUGUAUACGAUCGAGUAGCCAGUUUCCAGGACACCUUGUAUAGGCAUUUCCAGUUCAGACAGCACACGAAGGGCAGAGACGUAGUGGUAUUGGUUACGCAUGGUAUUUAUUCUCGAGUAUUUCUGAUGAAGUGGUUCAGGUGGACAUUCGAAGAGUUUGAGUCAUUCACCAAUGUGCCAAACGGAAGUCUCAUGGUGAUGGAACUGGAUGAGAAAUUGAACAAAUAUGUUCUCAGAACGGUGCUACCAAAAUGGUCAGAUCUGGAAGCAGAGAAGGAUCUGAUCACCUAG